GCCCGCCCCGGCGGGUGCCGCUGCCGCCAUGGCUACUUUGGUGCCAACUGCGACACCAAGUGUCCCCGGCAGUUCUGGGGUCCCGACUGCAAGGAGAUGUGCAGCUGCCACCCCAACGGGCAGUGCGAGGACGUGACGGGCCAGUGCACCUGCAACCCCAACCGCUGGGGUCCCAAAUGCGAGAACGUCUGCCUCUGCAAGCACGGCAAGUGCGACCAGAAGACGGGCAAAUGCACCUGCGAGCCCAACUGGUGGGGACCCCAGUGCUCCAGCUCCUGCUAUUGCACCGUGCCGGCCGGGCGCUGCCUGACCUGCGAGGCGGGCUGGAAUGGCACCAAGUGUGACCAGCCCUGCUCGCCCGGCUUCUACGGAGAGGGCUGCGAGAAGCUCUGCCCCCCCUGCAAGGACGGCCACACCUGCAACCACAUCAACGGCAAGUGCUCCCAUUGCAACCCGGGCUGGAUUGGAGACCGGUGCGAAACCAAGUGCCGGAAUGGGACGUACGGGGAGAACUGCGCCUUCGUCUGCAGCGACUGCGUCAAUGGCCAGUGCCACUUCGAGACUGGCCAGUGCCUCUGCCACCCCGGCUCCCACGGCACCUACUGUAACCUGACUUGCCCACCCGGCCGCUAUGGAGCCAACUGUGCCGAAGCCUGCAGCUGCCACGACGGCGCCUGCGACCCGCUGACGGGCGCCUGCCACAUGGAGGCCAACCAGCGGAUGGGGGUGAUCGGGGCAGGAGCCCUCCUGGCGCUGCUGCUCAUCCUCCUCCUCUCCCUGCUCUGCUGCUGCUGCGUCUGCCGCAAGAAGGAUGAAGCCCAUGGCCAGGACCCAGCAGCAGCCAAGAAGCCACCAAGACGCUUGUGCGGGCGUUUCAGUCGGAUCGGCAUGAAGCUCCCGCGCAUCCCCCUGCGCCGCCAGAAGUUACCCAAGGUCGUGGUGGCCCACCACGACCUGGAGAACACCCUGAACUGCAGCUUCAUCGAGCCGCCCUCCGUGGUGGAACAGCCUUCCCCAUCCUGGUCAUCCCGUGGCUCCUUCUCCUCCUUCGACACCAUGGAUGAGGGGCCGGUGUACUGCGUCCCCCACGAAGGGAUGCAGGUGCUGACGUUGCCUCCCGUGCGGCUUCAGAGCUCCCUCUGCCAGCAUUCCCCGCUCCUUGUGCUGGGGUCCCUGACUGGGAGGAGGGGACGGGGGACCUGGGGACACACCAGGCAAUCCAAGGAGGAGGAGGAUGCUGUCACGGAGCCCCGCAGCCCUGGAAAGCCACCAUCUCCAGAGAGGACCAAGCCCCGUCCCCCAGACCCGGCCACGAAGCCCAAAGUCUCCUGGAUCCACGGCAGGGACAACUCCAGCCAGUCCAACUCGCUGCCGGUGCCCAGCCGGUCCCCAGAGCGAGCGGCCGCCCAGUCCGGCAGCCCCGAGCAAGGCCAGGGCUUGGCCAAGAGGAAAAGGAGCCCGAGCGAGACGUCGGCCGGUGUGCAGGGCAGAGCGGAGGAGAAGGGUGGUGCACGGGGCAAGGAGAAAGCGCAGAAGCAACCAAAGGAGCCCGGCGUCCCCGAGGGCAAAGCUAGCCUCGCUGGGGAGCCCCAGUCGCCCUCCAAGCCCAAGCAGAGGAGCAAAGCCGGCUCGGAGCCGACAGAGAGCAUCAAUGGGGCAGUGCAGAAUGCCUUCCGAAAGAUGGGUGCCUUCCAACCGGAGCGGCGGGUCGGGGACAACAGGGAUGCUCCCCGCAGCCCCGGCGCCAGCAAAUCCCGCCCUGAGCCCCUGCAUCCCCAGCUGGCCUCCGAGCUGGCUGCCCAGCUGAAGGAAAAGACUCAGAGCCUCAACAAGGGGGACGGAGGCACCCGGGUGAAUGGGGUGGGUGCCCAGCGGGAGAAGCCCACCCCUCCACAGAAAGCCAAGCGCUCGGUGGCCACCGGCAGCCAGAAGACCAGCAAGCCCUUGCUGCCCACCUCUCCCCACCUGCAAAAACUGAUCCCCGGGGCGGCCGAGCCAGCGGCCGGGGAGCCCAAGCGGGUGGAGAAGCCAAGCGACGUGCUGGGCAUCGCCUGGUCUGGCACAGGUGCUGAGCCCGGUCCUGAGCGGGAUGCGGUGUGGGGAUGGGUGACAUUGCGGCAGGUUUUACUUGAGAAGAUGAAAGACGACAGCAGAAACUACUCCUGGGACGUGGUGAAUCAGCUCAGUGUCACCAAAGCCAAAACAGACAAAACCCAAAGAAAAAUGGGCACACUGAGCCCAUGA